AUGCUCUCCCGGACUUCGAGCGCCCGCCAGGCCGUUGCGGCCGUUGCCCGCCUUGCCCGCCCCCAGAUGAGGACCUUCAUCGCGCCCACCGUCUCGCGGAGAGCCGACUUCGUCCAGGAGCUCUACCUCAAGGAGCUCAAGGCCUACAAGCCCACCCCCAUCAAGGAGUCCGACUCCGUCGGCCACGUCGCCACCUUCAGCCUUCCCAAGACCCCCAAGUCUCCCGAGGAGGCCGACCUCGCCUCCAGCCUGAAGGAGUACGAGAACAUGGCUGUCGAGGUUGAGGGCCAGGAGGGCGCCGAUGCCGGUGCCCCCGCCGCCGUUGUCGAGGACUGGCUCGUUGAGGAGGAGGAGGAGGAGGGUGCUCACCACUAA